GAAGUGUAUUAUCAGAAUCUAACAGUCGUUCAGUGUGCGUCGUGGAGGGAUCAAGUAGUCGGAGUUCUGUGCUUCAUUAAACCACCGCGAAGAAAACACACAGCAACUACAACACUUUGGGACUUACACUGUUAUUGGACUACGAGAGAAUCCGCGCCUUCGCACUCUUUGUAACAAUGGGAUCGUCCAAGAAACAUAAGGAAAAGAGCCGCGACAAGGAGGUUGAGGAUCGCCGCCGAGAACACAAGAAACAUCGCCACAAGGAGCGAGAGAGAGAGACGUCUGACCGAGACGGGAAUCGGGAUAAAGACAAACGAAAACGCUCCAGGUCCAGGGAGAGGAGCAGGCGAGAGCCCCGCGGAAAAUCUGACAGGAGUGCCGGUGAGCCCCGAGUAAAGAAGGAGAAAGUAGAUGCUGGAUAUGAGGAAGGCGGUGGAGAUGUGGGGCCUCAGUCCGCCAGCGGAGAUGCGUCUCUCAGCAUUGAGGAAACCAACAAGCUCAGAGCAAAGCUGGGCCUGAAGCCCCUCGAGUUAAAUGAGAAUAAAAAAGAGCUCGGCACCAAAGAGGAGCCGAUCGUGGCUGAGACCAUCAAUCCUGUUGUCAUCCAGCAACAAAGGGAGAUGAAGGAAAAGCUUGCAGCCAUUAAAGAGAAACGCCUCCUCAAUCAGAAAUUAGGAAAAGUCAAAACCCUAGGUGAAGACGAAGAUCUGGAUGCAGCCGAGUGGGUGGAGAGGAGCCGAAAGAUGGCAAAAGAGAAGGAAAUGGCCGAGAAGAGAGCUAAGCUUCUGCAGGAGAUGGAUGAAGAGUUUGGCGUCAGCAAUCUGGUGGAGGAGGAAUUUGCACAAACCAAACAGUUUGCAUACACAUCCCGAGACCUAAAGGGCCUGAAGGUGCAGCACAAGGUGGAAUCCUUCAACGAGGGCCAGACUGUCAUCCUGACCCUGGAGGACAAAGGUGUACUUGAGGAGAAAGAGGAUGUGCUUGUGAACGUGGGGCUCGUCGACAAGGAAAAAGCAGAGAAGAAUGUGGAGUUAAAGAAGAAAAAGCCAGACUACAAGCCGUAUGAAGAGGAGGAGAGUGUGGAUGACAUGGUGACGUUUAAAUCACGCUCUGUGCUGUCAAAGUACGAUGAAGAGAUUGAAGGGGAGAAGAAAAAGAGUUUCCGACUGAGCACAGGCGGCUUUGCUGACGGGGAGCGUGAGCGAGAGCUGCAGGCUAUGAAAGAAAGGCUCCGCAAUCAGGCUCAGUCCCUGGAAAUGCCUUCUCUCUCCCUCGCCUCAGAGUAUUUCACACCCCAGGAAAUGGUGGGCUUCAAAAAGACAAAAAGACGCGUGAAGAAGAUCAGGAAGAAGGACAAACUCUCAACUGCAGAAGAGCUUGUCGACGACACUCGCAGCUCUGAUUUCGGUUCCAGGUCUCGAGGCAGAGGCCGCAAACAGCUGGAGGAGGAAGGUGUCGAACAAGUUCAGCUGGAAGAGACCAAACUCCCACAAGAUGCCCCUCAAAUGUCUGACGACAUCAGGAUGGCUGAAAUGGACAUCAGCGAUGAAGAGGACUUUACACCUCCUGACCCAGUCGGCAUCGAGGAGGACGAGGCAGAGCAGGAGCUGCAGAAACAGCUGGAGAAGCAGAGGAAGCUGAAGCAGAAGCAGCUCGUCAAAGACUCUGGGGAGAAAGUGGCAGAGCAGAUUAAAAGGCUUGACAAAGGCGGCGGUGAAAAUGACCCUGAGAGGAGGAACAACAUUGUUUUCAAUGCCACGUCAGAGUUUUGCAGAACGCUGGGUGACAUUCCCACUUAUGGACUGUCAGGCAACAGAGAGGACCAGGAGGAUAUUAUGGACUUUGAGCAAGAGGAAGAGAAAGACGAUGCCGGAGACUCAGAUUCCGAAAUGGAUGAAAAUGUUGGCUGGAGCACCGUUAACCUGGAUGAAGAACAAAAGCAGCCUGAUUUUUCCACAGCCUCCGCCACCAUUUUGGACGAGGAGCCCAUCGUCAACUCCGGCCUGGCUGCUGCCUUGCUGUUGUGCAAAAAUAAAGGUCUGCUGGACACUCAAAUGCAGAAGGUUGCUCGAGUCAAAGCCCCAAAAGGCGCCCUGCCCAACGACAACUACUGCAUCGAGGACAAGAUGGGCUUCGACGACAAGUACAGUCGCAGGGAAGAAUACAGAGGCUUCACGCAAGACUUCAAGGAGAAAGACGGCUAUAAGCCUGAUGUUAAGAUCGAGUAUGUGGAUGAGUCUGGGAGAAAACUCACACCGAAAGAAGCUUUCAGGCAGCUGUCGCAUCGAUUCCACGGGAAGGGCUCUGGAAAGAUGAAGACGGAGAGGAGGAUGAAAAAGCUGGAGGAAGAGGCACUGCUGAAGAAGAUGAGCAGCAGCGACACUCCCCUGGGGACUGUGGCCUUGCUUCAAGAGAAGCAGAAGUCUCAGAAAACACCGUACAUUGUGCUCAGCGGGAGUGGAAAGAGUAUGAACGCAAACACCAUUACAAAAUAAGUGCGGGAACAUGUAUCAGGUUUCAUGGAGAGGCAAACACAUUGAGAAAUGCUCACAUUCACAUUUAAAUUGAAGUGUUGGCAAUAGCAAUUUGCAUAGCUUACACAAUUGUCAUUGUUCUGUUAAAGUGAUUGUUCAAUAAAAUUAAUGCAAGAGAGAAGAAUUGUUUUAUGUGCUGAAAAUGUAUAAGCUGGAGAUUUAUUCUUUUCAGACUCCACCUGUUUUCACUAUGAGAUGUGUUUAAGUCAAACUGCAGUUUGUUUUUGCAAAUUUUGAUUGCUGGCAUUUGCAAAUGUAUAACUUUGUCAAUAGUUAUUUUAAAUUAGCAGGUGUUGAUGGACUAUUGGAUUAAAUUAAAUCUUUACAACCAUCCUAAUAUAACAGUUAAUGUAAAAAGAAGUCGCCUCAGAAAACACAUUCAGGAGAUGCAGAGUUAAGAUAACUUUUAUGAAAAAGUUGUGAAAAUUUGAUUUCUCAAAAAUGUGAACUGAAAGUCGCGAUCUGCAUAUGACAUUUAAGACAGAAGCUUUACUGUUUUAUAAUCAAGAACAACAUAAUGGGUGUUUAUAGAAUUUUUCUGGAACAGUCUAGAUGUGAUUUGUAUUCAAUAUUCAUACUUGUUGACUCUUCUGAUGUAUACAUUGGUCAUUUUAGUUAUUUUGAAUUACUACUGGAAAUUGCACCAAAAAAAAAAUAUAUAUUGAAGAACGUGUUGAUUAUUUUA